CGCCAACUAGCGGCAGUGUGCGGCAGAGCAGCGCCAGCGCAGACGGGUACAAUGUCACUGGAGAGAUGUCAAAGUGAAUGGACAGAAAUAGAGCAAGAAUAUCAGCAAUUACAGGAAACGCACAAAGUCUACAGACAGAAGCUGGAGGAGCUGACGAACCUGCAAGCGAUAUGCAGCAGUGCCAUUAGCAAGCAAAGAAAAGGCCUGAAAGACCUCAAGCAUAGUCUUCAUAAGUGUACGAAAACUUGCAAUGAAAAAGAAACGGAGGUGAUAAAUGACCUGAAGGUUCAAAUUAAAGAAAGGCAAAAUGUCUUUUUUGACAUGGAGUCCUAUUUGCCAAAGAAAAACGGACUGUACUUAAAUUUGGUCCUUGGAAAUGUGAAUGUCACACUCCUCAGCAACCAAGCCAAGUUUGCGUACAAAGAUGAAUAUGAGAAGUUCAAACUUUAUAUGACUAUAAUACUAAUGUUUGGUGCUGUCACCUGCCUCUUCCUUUUCAACUACCGGGUUACAGAUGAAAUCUUCAACUUUUUAUUGGUGUGGUAUUAUUGCACAUUGACAAUAAGAGAGAGUAUCCUCAUGAGCAAUGGGUCACGAAUUAAAGGCUGGUGGGUGUCACAUCACUACGUCUCAACCUUUUUAUCAGGUGUUAUGUUGACAUGGCCAGAAGGUCCAAUGUAUCAGAUGUUCAGAAGUCAGUUCCUGGCUUUCUCCAUCUAUCAGAGUUGUGUGCAGUUUCUUCAGUAUUAUUAUCAGAGCGGCUGCUUGUAUCGGUUACGGGCUCUGGGGGAAAGAAACCAGCUGGACCUGACAGUGGAGGGCUUUCAAUCAUGGAUGUGGAGGGGGCUUACAUUCCUCCUUCCGUUUCUAUUCUUUGGUCAUUUUUGGCAGUUGUACAAUGCUGUGACUCUUUUUAAGCUGUCUGCCCGUGAUGACUGCAAGGAAUGGCAGGUGUUCAUGUUGGCCUGGACGUUUCUCGUCCUGUUCUUGGGAAAUUUCCUCACUACUUUGAAAGUGGUCCACCAGAAGUUCCAGAAAAACAAAGAAAAGGUCAAAAAUAACUGAUGAGACGCCAACUGGAAGAUUUCAUACGCAGCGUGGCCAGUGAUGAACUCACAGAACUGAACUUCAAAGCGCACAAAACUGUUUCGUCUAUAGGAGUCGCGUCCCACGUGCUGUUUGGAGAGGGUUGGAGGUAGAUGUUGACGUCUCCCCGAACUCGUUUCAGCAGCAGCAGUGAAAAUCAAGAUUUCAUGUCACGUUGCCCUAUCGUCUGCCAUGUUGUUUUUGCUCUUAUUUAUGCAAUCACAGCAGUUAGAGGGUGACGUUUGGGUUCGAAACCACUGACAACUUUCAGACACUGUAUACUCAAUAAGCGAGGAGACUUCACUUCACUUUUGUUCCUGUGCAUGGAUAUGUUUACAAUAAGCCACAUUUAAACUUUAUGCAACGCAGCAGGAAGGCUGUAGAACUGCAGAUGCUCAGUUCACUGAAGCAUCUCAAAGGGAUUUGUUAUGGGUUUUAAAAGCUGCAUAGUGAUUAAACUACUUGUUCUCAUACAAGGCAUUUUAGCUGAAGCAUAUGUUACAUAUUUGUGGGAAAGCAUUGAAACAGGGCAACUCUAAGGGAAAGAUGUGUUUUGCACGUUGUGGCUUGUUAGGUUAGUACAGUGAUUGAGCAAAGCCAAAUUCUUGAAUUAAAGGAAUAGUUCAUCCAAAAAUGAAAAUUUUAUGUUAAAUUUGCUCACCCUCAGACCAUCCCAAGAUGUAGAUUUGGAGACAUUUCACAUUACAUCACUUGCACACCAAUGGAUCCUCUGCCGUGAAUGGGUGCCGUCGGGUUGAGAGCCCAAACUGCUGAUAAAAACAUCACGAUAAUCCACGAGUAAUCCACAUCACUCCAGUCUAUAAAUUACCAAUUCAUUAAUUAUCCAUAAUAUUUUUCUGCAGUUAAAAAGUUGCUUAGUCUGAAUCAGGAGAGAAAUAUGCACAGAUCAAACACUGUUUACUAGUGAAAACAGUCCAAAACCUGGAUGGACUCUUUACUGAAGAGGGGAAGCGUUAUUAUGGGCUCGUAUUUUGACCAGAAGAGACAUCUUAAUGAUGGAUUUGUUUCUUACAAACAUGCAGCUUUUUGUUUCACAAGACAUUAAUUGGUGGACUGAAGUCAUGUGGAUUAUUGUGGUGUUUUUAUCAGCUGUUUGGACUCUCAUUCUGACGGCACCCAUUCACAUUUCUCCAAAUCUGUUCUGAUGAAGAAACAAACUCAUCUACAUCUUUAUUUAUAGGUCACAUGAUAUUCCCCGACACCUUGAAAACGUGGAUUUGUAUUAUUAACGAUGGCAAUAAAGCUCCAGUAACACUUCAUAGUACAUUAGGAGCAUCCCUUUUCUCUUGCCUUGUUAUUUUCACAUGUUUGGUAGUUGUAUUCAAAGGCAUAGACGUGUAACUGCAUUACAAGUCAGAAUAACAGAAAUGCUGAACUAUAUCUUGCAUAAUGUGAAUGAAUGCUACUGUAAUAGGACGAACCAGUAUGUGUUUCUGUGUUACUUUGAACGUGUCAAAGAAAAAAAACUUUUUGUUUUGUUUAAGCAAAGUUUUUCAUGGUUUACCAUCAGGGAGACCUUUUCCCUAUGUGAUAUUACAGAGGCAGGUCACUACAGAAGUUGCAUUUAGUUACAGAACGAUUUGUUUGCCUUAAUGCUCUCCUUUGCCUGUUCACACCUGGUUUAGUUUAGCCUAGAACCCAAGUGUUACAAGUUGUUUGGAAUUUCAUGGGCUCAGUGAACUGUACCUGAAGCAUAAAGCUGUAAUUAAAGGGAUUUCUCAUGUUGGGAAAUGCUUUAUUGCACAAUUAACCACUGCGUAAAUCAUGCGUAACAGUUGUCGCACUUCACAAUGUGAUUUCGUCAGUGUUUUGUGUUGAACAAAAUAACUGCACUUUUUGCUUGAACGUAAAAUAAGCCUUCGGACUGGAGGAAAAGGUUUCCAACGGGCCGAUUACAUAUAAAGCUGGAUUUCUAUUCACCUUCUGUUGCUAUAGAGCAAAUAAAUUCAAUCUGAUGCAAUUUG